AUUGUGCUUGGUUCCAUCAUUUCAUACAAAUGGCCAAUCCCGGAGGCGGUGAUGUUUGCAAUGGAAAACUUUAUAAUCACAAGAAACAGACGCACAACUCGCCCAGUGGAAACUGCACAAAGAAUGGAAUAGUGAAAGAAGCCCAGCAAAAUGGAAAGACACAUUUUCAUCAUGAUCAAAGUGCUGAAUCCUUUGAGGAAGCACCUCUUCAUGUUAUGGUUUUCACUUAUAUGGGAUAUGGACUUGGAAUGCUCUUUGGUUAUUUCAGAGACUUUUUGAGAAACUGUGGAAUAGAAAAGUGCAAUGCUGCUGUAGAAAGAGAGGAACAAAAGAAUUUUGUGCCACUCUACCAAAACUUUGAGAAUUUUUACAAACGGAACCUUUACAUGAGAAUCAGAGACAACUGGAAUCGACCCAUCUGCAGCGCACCAGGGCCUUGUUUCGAUAUGGUGGAGAGAGUGUCUGAUGAUUACAACUGGACCUUUAGGUUUACAGGAAGAAUCAUCAAAGAUGUCAUCAACAUGGGUUCAUAUAAUUUCCUUGGUCUAGGAGCCAGAUAUGAUGAAUCCAUGAGGACAGUAAAGGAUGUUCUAGACAUGUAUGGCAUAGGUGUGGGAAGCACAAGACAAGAAAUGGGAACCUUGGAUAAGCAUAAAGAAGUGGAGGAACUUGUGGCAAAGUUUCUGAAUGUUGAAGCAGCUAUGGUCUUUGGGAUGGGAUUUGCAACAAAUUCAAUGAAUAUUCCUUCACUAGUUGGAAAGGGCUGCCUUAUUUUAAGUGAUGAGCUGAACCAUGCAUCUCUUGUGCUUGGAGCCAGACUCUCAGGGGCAACUAUAAGGAUCUUCAAACACAACGACAUGCAAAACCUGGAGAAGCUCCUGAGAGAUGCUAUUACCUAUGGCCAACCUCGAAUUCGCAGAGCUUGGAAAAAGAUUCUCAUACUAGUCGAGGGUAUCUACAGCAUGGAAGGCUCCAUAGUGCAGCUACCCCAGAUCGUGGCUCUAAAAAAGAAGUACAAGGCCUACCUCUAUGUAGACGAAGCGCACAGUAUUGGGGCUGUGGGUCCAACAGGCCGAGGAGUUGUGGAAUACUUUGGAUUGGACCCUCGUGAUAUCGAUGUGCUCAUGGGCACAUUUACUAAAAGCUUUGCAAGCUGUGGUGGCUACAUAGCUGGAAAUAAGGAACUUGUGGAUUAUUUACGGGUCCACUCACACAGUGCUGUUUAUGCUACAUCCAUGAGCCCCCCAGUGGCUGAGCAAAUCAUCAGAUCAAUAAAAUUAAUAAUGGGAAUGGAUGGAACUACAAAUGGAUUGAAAAAGAUACAACAACUCGCAAAAAACACUGUGUACUUCAGACAAAGACUGAAGGAAAUGGGAUUCAUUAUCUAUGGCAAUGAAAAUUCUCCUGUUGUUCCUCUGCUGCUUUAUAUGCCUGCUAAAGUAGCGGCAUUUGCAAGGCAUCUCUUAAAUAAGAAAAUCGGGGUGGUGGUAGUUGGAUUUCCAGCCACUCCCCUUGCAGAAGCUCGGGCUCGAUUUUGUGUGUCAGCAGCUCAUACUCGGGAGAUGCUAGACACGGUUUUGCAAAGCCUUGAUGAAAUGGGUGACCUUCUGCAGUUGAAAUAUUCCCGGCACAGGACGUCUGCACGUCCUAAAAGCAAUGACGAAGCGUAUUUUGAACUUGAUGAUUAA